AUGAUAGGUUUCCUACUUCCAGAAUGUCCAUACAAUCUAGAUAUGGAUUAUCAAUUUGCAUCAGGGAUGUUUUCUGACCAAUAUCCUCAAAAUCCAAUUAUAUCAUCUGAGGAGACUCAAUAUGAGAUGUUAGAACCUUGGUUGCUAGCUGAAUGCGUUCCUCUUUGGACAGAUUUGAUAUCGGUCUCACCUAUUGUGGGAGAGAUUCAAGCUUUAAGAUGGGGACUGUCGUUGGCUAUUAACCUCUGUUUGGACGGGAUUGUGGUCCAAUCUAGCUGCCUUAAUGCACUUUAG